CCCUAUCCGCGCUAGGAUAUUUAAAGGGUUCCCGCGUGCGCCUCGGCCCGGUUAACAGCGAUGAGCGGACGGGUUUCGCUUCGGUGUUUACACUUUGAGCCCCGUCACUUCCUAACCACCAUUGUCUUGCUAAUUUAUUAUUAUUGUUGCUCUUGUCCUCGUCGGUUGUUGUUGUUGUCGUCGCCGUCGGGGUCAACGUUUGUGACAUUCGUCCGGCUGAGCUAGCUCGGGUCGCCCCCGGGAGGAAGCGGGGAGGCGUGACCCCCACCCCCCCCCGCCACCCCCCUCAGGUCAACUCGACAGGCCAGGGUCACUCCACUGCUGGAUGAACCGCGUCUUACCUCGCCCUCCCUCCCUCCCUCCACCACAAGCGGCGAGCCACCUCGGCCGGCUCUUCACGGCCGAUUCUCGCCACCCACCGUAACCCUCCCAUACAUCCACACACGGCGGCUGCUGCAAAGCAGCUGCAUCUGCUGCUGCUGUUUCGCCUGCUGCCUCGCCUGCUGCCUCGCCUGCUGCUGCUGCUGUGAUUCACGCCGUUGCCGCGAAGAUGAUCCCGGGCGGACUUCGCGAUCGCCAUCUCAUCCUCCGCUCGGCCUGAUUUGGGCCACCGAGCCUCCUCCCCCCCGGGCCCCUCGCCGCCCUUCCGGCGCCGAGCUCGCCCGGCGGCACCUCGCACGUCUGUCGGUUUCCCCCGGCGAGUCGUUUCGAGAGAACGACCGCGUGCUUCGGUCGAGCGCGGCGGCCGCGGCGGCCGCGGCGGCGGCAACGGGCGAUGUCUGACUGACACGGGACGCCGUGGACCGCUUGGGUGCACGUUUGACGGCGGCGGCGGCGGCGGCGGUCCGGUCCCGGCCGUCAUGUCGAGCUACGAUGAAGACAUCGCGAGGAAUCCGUUCUUCCUCGCGCUGCAGCGCAAGAGGCCGGAGUUGUUCCGCAAGGCGGCCGAGUUGCACGCCGUGGUGCUGGUGCCUUGCCAGGGUAGUGUUCGGCCCGGGGCUCUGUCCUCCUGCCCGUUCGAGUCGUACAUUCUGCUUCCGUCCGCCGACGAGCAGACUCGCUACGUCUCCAUGGGCGGCCAGGCGGUGUCGCUGCGUGGGGGGGAGCUGUGUCUCACUGGGGGAGAGGGGCCCUCCGUGUCGGCCCGCGUGCUCUUCGAGGAGACCUUCUACACGGACCGCGAGGAGAGCCUCAGCCUCAUCUGCAUCUCCCGCCCGCUCGACGCGCUGCCGCCGCCCGCCCACCCAGAUGCAGAGGGCUCCGGUGUCUCCAUGGCGACCGUUUCCCUCUCCACGUCCUGCCCGGGGGGAGCCUCUUCCGGCGCCGCGCUCCAGGCCCCCGCCUCGCUGGGCCCCGGCUCCAUGGACGAGUGCCGCGAGGUCCUGGCGUGGGCCGAGUCGCCGGCCUUGGCCGGCGGCGGCACAGGAGGAGGAGGAGGCGGGUCGGUGACGACGGGGGCGCGGAGAGACGUGGACCGCCGGAUCGCGGUGUUCACCGCGUCGUUCCGCCAGCUGGAGGGGAGGAGCCUGCGGCACCACAUCGAUGCAGUCGGCGCUCUGUACAGCAAGUGUCUGCAGGUCGUGCUGAAGGACCCACAGCUGAAAUCGCUGGCGAGGCAGGAGGCCUCCCUCAAGCUCCUCAAGCAGGCGGUGGAGAUGUACGUUCUGAACGGAACCCACGACGCCAUCUUCAAGGCCAUCGGUACCAUGGAGGCCAGCCAGGACGCAGCCUUCAACAAACGCACACGCUCCCUGCAGGACCUGCAGCUCAAGGACCUCGGCAUCACCUCUGACCUCAGCAUCAACAUCCCGCGCGCCAAGCGAGUGCUGGGCCAGCUGAACCGGUGCCGCACGUCACAGGAGAAGUUGCUGUGCCUGCGUAGCGCCGUGCACACCGUACUGCUCUCGCCCAGCCACAGAGUCAACGUCCAGGCGAUGACGACGGACGACCUGCUGCCAAUUCUCAUCUUCCUCGUCGUCAAAACCGAAAUCCCAAACUGGCGCGCGAACCUGAGCUACGUGAAGAACCUGCGCUUCAGCGGGGGUCUGGAGGACGAGCUGGGCUACUGCCUCACCUCGUUUGAGGCCGCGGUGGAGCACAUCCACGCGGGCAUCCUCACUCCCGGGGCGGGCGGCACGGGGUUGCCCGGCAACGGGUCUCCGUGGAGCUCGCCCGGCGGCGCCAUCUCCCGCGCCCCCUCUGCCUGCGCCAUCGACCUCCUCUUCGAGUGCGUGGCGAGCGGCCGCGACGAGGAGGUGUCGCGACUGCUGACGAGCGGGGAAGGAGGCGGCGCGGACGCGGCGUUGUGCCACCCGCUGUGCUCGUGCGACUCGUGCGAGAGGAUCGUGUCCGGGCGGCUGAACGACCCCUCGGUGGUGACGCCGUUCUCGCGCAACGACCACGGCCUCACGCCGCUGCACGUGGCCGCUCAGCACGGGCGCCUCUCCCUGCUGGAGAUGCUGCUGGCCGCGGGCGCGGUGGUGAACACGGUUGACUAUCACGGCGCUUCGCCGCUCCACUCGGCCUGCUCGCGGGGCCACCAGGCUGCCGCGCUGCUGCUUUUGGAUCGCAACGCCAACCCGUCAGCCGAGGACAUGAGCGGGAACACGCCUCUGCACCUGGCCUGCGGUGGGGGGCACGAGGCGUGCGUGAAGGCGCUGGUGUUCUUCAGCGCGCGGGGCCGCCGCGUCGACCCCAGCGCCCAGAACGACCGCGGGGACUCGCCGCUGCACGUGGCGGCGCGCUGGGGCUACGAGCCCGUGGUGGCCACCCUGCUGGAGGCCGGCGCCGCGCCCGAGCUGCAGAACCGCGCCGGCGAGACGGCGCUCACGUGCGCGCUCAACUCGCGGGUGAUGGCUCUGAUCCACAAUUCCAGUCUGCAUUCUGACGAGCCACCUGACAGCAGCAAGGCAUCCGAUAGGCCGUCGCCCUCGGCCAAUCGGAGCCCGGAGUGCAGCAACAGUAGCCGGCGCUCAUCCACGCUGUCGGACGCGUCGUCGCUGUCGUUGUCGGCGACGAUGCUGGAGUCACAAAGCGACGACGAGAAGAGCAGGAUGCGUGAGGUGGAGCGCCUGCUGAAGGCCGUGGCCGACGGGGACCUCGUCAUGACGCGCUUCCUGCUGGGCUGGACAGACGACAGCGACGAGAGCGACACAGAGGCGUUCCCCCCGACCUUCCAGCUGUGCCACCCGCUGUGCCAGUGCGCGACGUGCCAGCCUCAACAGAGGCGGGCGUCGCUGCUGUCGGCCUCGGGGCUCUCGGUGAACGCGAGCGACCGGGACGGCCUCACGCCGCUCCACGCGGCCUGCGCCAACGCCGGCGCCGCUGCCCAGGUCACGACCGCGCUGCUGCGGCACGGCGCCGACCCGGACGUCGGCACGCACCGCAGCGGCCACACCCCGCUGCACACCGCCGCCCGGCUGGGCCUCGCGCAGGUGGCCGACAUCCUCCUGGAGCACGGGGCGAAGGUCAACAAGCGAGACCGCGACGGGAACACCCCGCUCCACCUGGCGUGCGUCGCCCCCUCAGCUCUCACUGUGCUGCUCCUCGUACAGCACGGUGCCAGCGUGUGCCUGGCGAACCGGCGCGGGGAUUCGGCGCUGCACGAGGCGGCGCGCGCGGGCAGCGCCGACGCCGUGCGGGCGCUGCUGUACGCGGGCGCCAGCGCCGCCGUCAAGAACCGCCAGCAGCGAACGCCGGCACAGCUUGCAGUGGAGCAGGAGGUGCUGGAGCUAUUGGAGAGAGCGGAGGCGGAGGAGAGGGGGUCCGAGGUGGACGGCCGUGACGGUGGGGGGCCCCGCUCCCCGCCGGGGGUUGGGCACGGCGCCGGUGUUGGCGCCCGGCGCCACCGCAGCGUGAGGAGCCUGUUCGAGGCGGUGGAUGAGGACGACUACGACGCUGAGAGGACUCGCCUCUCGCUCGCCAGCGCCUCCUUCGACAACUCCAAGCACCCACGGCGGUCGCCCGCCCCCGCCGACCCCCAGGACGUCCCGUCGGCCGACGGCUGCCCCGCGUCCGCCGCUCCGACGGAGCGACCCGCCGAGCCAGGGCGGGACGGAGGCGACCCCCCGCCGCCGCCAUCGCCGCCCUCUCCCGGGGACCCCGCCGCGGACGUCGCCUGAGCCGUCGCCUGAGCCGUCGCCUGAGCCGACGUCCGCGUCGUCGUCCGUCGCGAAGAGAGCCGCUUGCGGGAGAAGACGGGGGGGGAGCGCGACGCCACCUCGGCGCGGCGGGGGCGGUGGUGGGGGCGGCGGGGGGGGGGGGCGGGGGGGAAACUUGAAUGAGGAUUCUGGCCCAGGGAAAAGAAAAGAGGAAGCCUUAAAAGAGCCAGGAACCGUUUUAUCUUCGCGAGUUUGUGGUCACACAGCUGCUUUGUUCACGACGUGCGUUAGUGUGUGUGUGUGUGUGUCAUGCAGCCGGCGUGCGUGAGAGAAAGAGAGAGAGUCCAGGGCGGGUUGUUGUUGUUGUUUUCUAGUGUGGUGGGGGCGCGUGGAUAAUAUAUAUUUUGUAAGUUUGCGAAUCAGGGCGGCGACGACCGCGCGUGGCAGGGGAGGGGGUGGGUGUGUGGCGCUCCCCUUGGAGCGACGUCGGCAAGCGUUCUCGCCGACGCGCACACUCGCUCGUCCGCCUCGUUUGCAUAUUUGUCCGUGACCUUUCAGGCGUUCGCCGCCCCCCCCCCCCAGCUCGACGAGGCCCCCCGGGCCACGGACGUUGACCCGACCUCUACGGGGACAUGGCUGACGCCAUGAGGGAGCUCUCUUAAAACUCCUAAAGCGAACUUGUUUCAAGAGUCGAAUUUCUGCUGUUGAGACUCAGAAACUCGAAACCCUGGCCCAGAGUUUGUUUACCCAAGUGCUGCUGGAUAAUAAUUUACUCUAAACGCGCGAUGUUGAUUCUAAAUAUAAAUAUGGGGGGGGGGGAAACACGGGAGGACCCGGAGGAAAA